UGAUGAAAGAGAUGAUUUGCCGAGGACUGGCAGUAGGCUGAGUAGCCUGUUCAGCAAAUAGUUAAUCAUGGUUUGUGUGGAUCAGUUGAUAGACUAAUAUGUCUGUGGCCAAUAAUAAAAGACGCCAUCUGUUUUCAGUAUUUGUAGGUCAUCUAGCAAAGGAUGUUACAAAGACUGAUUUGUUUAAACUGUUUAGUGAGUGUGGAGAACCCUAUGAUAUCUAUGUAUCUGAUAAUGAAGAUUCUUCUCCCUACAAAUAUGGGUUUAUUCGAUAUACAAACCCUGAGUCAUGCAUGAAAGCGGUGCAUGAGCUAAACCAGUGGUCAUUUCAUGGAAAUCUGCUUAUUGUUGAUCUCGCCAAGGAUACAAAAGGACGAAUUAAACGAGAUGGUGAAAGUAGCCAGAACAAGGAUAAUUUGUGUUCUGUUAGAGAGACUCCGUCCCCGCGUAACUGCGCUAACUUUAGUGAUUUGAUGAGGCUUGGUCACCUGAAGGAGACUUUUAUAGAAGAGGUUGCUCAAAUGAAAACAGAAAGUCAAGCUCAGGGGACCAAACUGACUCAGCUCCUUGAUGAUAUUUGCGAAACUAAAAGUGGAUUUGCUAACACGUUUGAAGGUCAGCUCAUAGAUGAUGAUGUGGACCUGAAACAUAUAGGGCAGAAACUUCUCAGCGAUGGACACAACAUCAACAAUAAUGGUGCCUCGGCCAGAGACUUCUUUAGUGCCCUUGGAGACAUCAUGACCACCAUAAACUCAUUAGUUGUAUCAGGGAAGGACAAUUUAGACAGUGCAGUAACCAGUGCAGCACCUUCAGAAGAAAGUCGCUGUGUUCUUCCAGACUCUAGAGCCACUGCCACUUCUGAAGAUUCUAAAGUAAAUAAAAGACACAUGUCGGGCUCCAUUUCAAAAGACACUUCUGACCGACACAGUUCUGACUUCUUGUCUAGUGUUGAUUCAAAAUUCCACAUUCCUGCAGCACCCACUCUUUCGUCAUCUGUUACAGACAGCAGCGCCGUGUCAAAACUGAAGAGAAAAGAUAUUUCUGACGAUGAUUGUUUUCCCAUGAGACGACUUAAUGAUACAUGUGGUGUCAAACCUCCUAAAACUGAUACAGUUGCUUCUCAGUCUUGUUUGUGUAAUGAUUCUAGUGUUCACAGACAUGUUUUAAAUCGGUCUUCAGUCACGAAGCAGACAACUGACUCCCUAAUUACAAGUCAGUUAAACGAACCACACAAGUCUUCCAACUCUGGCAAAGUGUUGUCUGGUUUAAAAGAUGCCCAUUCCAUGAUGUCCUCUCCGAGAUAUUUUCCUGCUGGUUAUGAAACGACUAAUGGUGACUGUGUGAAUUCUGAUUCCUCGGAAUCCGACUGUCAGAACGGAGAUUCGGGAGUGGACACAGACUCUCUGCAGAGCUCGUUACGACAGGAGGGGAACAAUUGUAACUUCUCUCUGACUGGAUCACGAGGUGUCCAGUUGACACCCCAGCACACAGCAAGUCCGUCGAGUGCAGAGUUGAGCAGCCCAGCAGAACAGUCGAUCAGCGCCAUUGAGUUGUACCUCAAGACAGUUUCAAUCGGUCGUGGGAAGCGAAGAAGUUUAGGUUAUCCAACUUAGUUCUAGUAUCUAGAACAGCAGGCAGUGUUUCAGCAUCCAGUUUUUUCUUUCCUCAUUUCAGAAGCAUCUUGCUGAUUUCUGUAACUUCAGUAGCUCUGAAAGUGUUAACUGCAAACAAGUUCUGGGAAAUAUAGUAUGUGUGCAGAACACAAACCAAGCACGAAGUCUGCUAGGUGUUGCUGAGAAGCCAGAUUCUCACUGUGUGGAUGGUGGGACCAAAGUUAAAGUUAAAGUUGGUUUUGUUUAACACCACCACUAGGGCACCUAGAUUUAUUAAUCAUCGGCUAUUGGAUGUCAAACAUUUGGUCAUUUUUACAUAUAGUCUUAGAGAGGAAACCCAUUACAUUUUUCCAUUAGUAGCAAGGGAUCUUUUAUAUGCACCGUCUCACAGACAGGAGAACACGUAUAACGGCCUUUGAUAUACCAAUCCUGGUGUACUGGCUAGUAUGAGAAAUAGCCCAAUGGGCCCACCGAUGCGGAUCAAUCCUAAACCAACCACGCAUCAAGUAUGCGCUUUACCACUGGGCUAUGUCCCACUUCGACCAAGUAUAAUAGAAAAUAGAAAUGUAUUAUUUAACGAACGCAAAACAUUUAUCUACAGUGAUAAGGCAUGAAACAUAUGGUAAAGCGCUUGUCUGAAGUGUUUGGGUCUUAAGGUCAAACCUUGGCAGACUCGUUGACGUUUUUCUUUCACGUCUCAACGACUGGUGUGUUACUAUGUUGUGCCCUUGGAAGUGUAUUUUAAAGAUCCUUGCAAUAAUGGAAAAAUGUAGUGAGUUUCCUCUAAGACUAUGUGUCACAGUUAACAAAUGAUUGACAUCAAAUAGUUGAUGUAUACUUAUUCAAUAUGCUCUAGUGGUGUCAUUAAACAAAGAACACCUUUAUUUUUUUUUUUAUACAUAUAUACUGUAGUAUAAAUGUAACUAGAUCUGCACUCUCCUUUUGACACCGAAUGACAUCUAGAACCAGUGGAAAGAUUGUACAAAUGAGUCUUUAACAGUUAAUUACCCACGUCAUUGUAUAAAUAUCAAAUGUAGGCAGUCAUUUGAACAUUUUUAAUAAUCAGUCUUGUCGGAUAAUUACCUGAAUCAAUUUAUAUCAAUGUAUGCGAAUGAUAUUUUAAACUGACUUGGGUAAUCAACUGUUAAGAAGACUGCAGGUAAGAUUUGCUUUGAAAUUGCAUCUCUAUUCACUCUGCAAGUUUCAAAGAAUUUUCAAGUGGUUUAGUAACUUUCUAUUCAAAAUUUAAAAAGCAAAAGCUUCCCUUGAUUGAAAAAUGUUACAAAGACUAAAAAUUUGAACCGUUAACUACAUUACAUUCCUCAGUUGUUAUUGUAACAUGUUUCUUACUAAUAGCCUCGUUAACGACCGACAUUACAAUAUUAAAUGUUUUCUUGUUUACAAUAUCGGUUUUUGUAUAUUCAAAAUGUUUCCUGUAGUCAUAAUGUUUGUAAUGUCCAGAUUGGAUUUUAUAUCUCAAUAAUUGUUCGUACAUACAAAAGAAUGUAUGUUAAAAAAUUAAAUAAUGUUUGAGCUACUCCAUGCAUAUGGACAAACAAAAACACAAUGAAACAGAAAACAAUAUUCUAAACACAAACUUUCACUUAUUUUAUUACCCAUAUGGUUUAAAAUAUCUUUGUUCAUAUCAAAGUAAUGCAUACCACUAGAACCUAAAAUGGAACGUAAAACCUCAUUGUCAUACAAUGACGUCAUCCUGUUGGUUCAGUGGUAUAAAUUAAGAUUGAUAAUGAGUAAAAAUAGGAUAUUAUUAUUAAAACCAUUUUGUAUCCAGUUUAUGUCCCUCGUGAAAUAAUUUUCAUUGUCACUUGUGAUAAAUUAAAAUUAUUUCACAAUGUCACAUAAACAUGCUAGAAAUGGAAGCUUGUUUAAUAUUCUAUCAUUAUGUUCAUGUACAUGACAAAACAGGGCAUUACAAUUUAAAUGUUACACUGUCUUUAAUGUUUAUGGUUAUAUUUCAACUUGGUGCUGGUAAAUAUUACCUUUAAUUGUUGAAUUUACAAAAUAGAAAAUUUUUAUAAAAUGUAUUGUUAGUUUUUCAUAUAUUCAAUAAGCUGUAGAUAUUUAUCUCCAUGUUACCCAAACAUUUAAAAUAGGUGCCAUACUCUAGUUUUGUUAUAAUUUUAAUUAUUAGCUGUAAACGUAUUGCUUAUUAGAAUAGUUCUUUAGUUCAUUGUGUACUGAGAAAACUGCUGUAUUGGUUUUGGAUGUGUUUUUUUAUUAUGUUUUUAGUCUUAUAAACAUGUUUUUGACAUUAACAGAUUAUCAUCAACAGACAUUGAAGUAAGUUGAAUGAUUGUUCAGGUUACCAGGACAUUACCACAUGUCAAAAAAGUCAAGAACAUUACACCAAUUUAAAAAAAAAACCCAAAUGUACCACAAUCUAAUAUUUGAUCAGUUGUAUCCUAUUUUAUUAUAGAUUACACACAGAUGUAUCCAUACAACAAGUAGUUAUAUGCACGAAUAACUAGGCUUACUUCGAUGUCUUCAUCAACUGCUGAGAAUCAAAAUAAAGACUAUCUAAUCAGCAUUUCUUCAUUCAUAGUAUCACUACAUCCUGUAGCCUAUGUAUUGUUUGUGCUGGGCUGUCAUUAAAGAAUCAUUUAUUCUUAUCAUUUGAGUUUACAAGAUUAACCAAUCACAAUACAGAACACACUCACAGUCAGUUUACAAUUUACUUGAAAUACUUUGUUUACAUUUAUUUGUAAUAACAUUUUAAAUGUCAAGGUACAUAAUUAUAUAAAACAGUUGUUAUUUUUAGUCUUGUUCAUUCAAAGCAUUUGUAUUGCUUUUGAAAUAAAUUAAAAUUCUGAAUA